AUGUUCCAUCGUCCAUGGAUGAGAAAAGGAAAAUCUCUCUGUAGUUGUGCUGGAGGAGUAUCAUCUUAUCGUUUAUUCUACUCUGGAUUAGAUGAGUCCCGAGUUCAACGGCUCAAACGGUCUAGUAUGGUGUUUAAUAGACCCCGUGGACGAGAUACACUCUCUUUAGCGUUUGAACGUCGUAUUCAAAUCUUACCACUUUUUCAAAUAGGAGACUUGUAUAGAUUACCAUAUAAUAAACAACAACAGCCGUCUGUGAAGAAGAAGAAGAAAAAUGAUGAUAAUGAUAAUGAUGAGGAUAAUGAUGGAUCAAGUGAUAGAAUGAAAAAAUCACUGCAAGUACUUGUGGUGGAUUUAUUAUCAUUAAAUGAUGUGGAGGCCCCAGUGGCAUAUCCCGCUGCGCAUCCAUCCUAUUACACUGGAUGGAAAAGAAUGGAAGGAGAAUCAGUAAAAGUACAAUCACAAGAAAAAGAAGAAAAAGAAAAGGAAAUUUCAUCUUCAUUUGUGAAGAGUGAUGAGUUUGGAUAUACAUUACCAGCAGAAAAUAAACGACAUUUACGUCAGAAUGGUGAUACUACACUUUUACAUGGAUCUUUUUUAAAACGUUGUGAAGAUAUAAACAUUCGUUUUUUUGUAUCUCUUUGUAUUAAUCCAUACUUAGAUGUGGAACGAUAUCGUCGAGAAGAAGCACAAGUAGAGAUGAUAUCUGGUUAUCGUAAUAUAUUAUAUGAAGCUGCAGAAUUACCGAAUGGACCAGCAGAUAUUAUUUGUAUUCCUGCUCUUUCUUGUGAUACAUGUGGAAUGAAAUUUUAUCAUGAAAUUGGUAAACUAAAUCAACAAUCUCUUAUUAAAGGAUUUCAUCGUAUAUCUCAUGUUGCUAAAGAGUUAUUAAUAACGAAUCCUAAUUUUUCUGUAGAGGUGUAUGUUCCUCCAUUGUUAUUUUCACAAUUUACAUCAGCAUUUCAUGAAGAGGCAUGGGGGACGCCGGAGUCUACAUUAAAUCCCGGCCGAGUUGCAUUAUACCCCGGACUCCCACCACCCCGAUCAUUAUUAAUGUUUGAGGGUUGGGUGGGUAAACGGCCGGAGUUAAUAGAGGCGGUGUCCACAGAAGGAAAGAGUUUAAUGCGUGGAGUCCAAAAGACACUGGAUGGGAAAGAGAUUAAACCACAGGAGGUGCUUGCAGAGAUUCGUGUAUUUGGCCGUGAACGGGAACAGAAGGAGAUGUUGGAAAAAGAACAGGAAACGGCAGUGAAGGAGGGAUUGAUGAGAGAGAAGUCGGAUGAUGAUUAUCAUCAUGAACAGCUGCAUUCAGGUAUCAAUAAUCUGUAA